AUGUUCAAUUAUAGGGCAACGAAUGAUACAAAAAAUGAACCAGCUGUAGGAGCUAUGAAGAUUAUAGAUAAAGAAUAUUAACACGCUUUAGAAACCCUUAAUACUGAAAUUUAUAUUACUUAUUAUUUUGCAGAAUAGAAAUCGGAAUGUAGUAGAAUAAAAUUAAUUUUAAUUAUGUUUAUUUGA